ACGGUGACGUCACGGACCGCUAGGUGGCGCUGCAUUUUAAGCGUUUGGAUAUUUUGAUAACCGACAUGAUAUAAAAACAAGCCUGCGAAUAUACGGACCCUCGAACAAAUGAAAUGGGUGAGAAUCGGAGGAUCACGCAGGUUCGCACCGCCCGCUCAGUCAUCUGUCGCAUCCAUCUCCUGGACGGCAAACUAUUCGAAAUCGACGUAGAUAAACGAGCUGUCGGACAGAUUCUUUUCGACAAAGUGUGUGAGCACUUGGACUUGAUUGAGAAGGAUUACUUUGGACUGUCAUUUACAGGACUUCACACUGGACUCAGGGAAUGGCUCAAUGUAGAGAAAAAGAUAUCCAAGCAAAUGAAAGGUCUGGCCUGGGAGUUUAAGUUUGAGGUGAAGUUCUACCCCCCAGAUCCUCAGACACUGCACGAGGACCUUACUAGAUACCAGCUGUGUCUGCAGAUAAGAAACGACAUUGUCAAUGAGAAGCUUCCCUGCUCUGCGGUGACAUACGCACUACUCGGCUCCUAUACCGUCCAAUCAGAAUUAGGAGAUUUUGACAUUGAUGAAUUCGGUCCUGGAACAGAGUACAUCAGAAAAAUGAGAUUUGCUCCUCAUCAAGACCGCGAACUGUUGAAGAAGAUUGCAGAGCUUCACAGGACUCAUAAGGGUCAGACGCCAGAAGCGGCAGAGUUACACUUCCUGGAAAACGCCAAGAAACUUGCGAUGUACGGAGUGGACCUCAGUAAUGCAAAGGAUGGGGAGAAUGUCGACAUACAGCUAGGUGUGUGCUGGAGUGGAAUCCUAGUCUUUAGGGAGAAACUCCAAAUCAACAAAUUUGUGUGGCCAAAGAUUCUGAAGAUGUCGUACAGGAGAAAGAAGUUCUACAUCAAGUUACGAACAGGAGAGUUUGAAGAGUUCCAGAGCUUGAUUGGAUUCAAGUUUAUGUCAAGCAGGCACGCUAAACGCAUGUGGAAAAUCUGUGUAGAAAACCAUGCUUUUUUUAGGAACAGGGAGCCAGACUCACCUGGUACACAGAGGGGACUGCUCCGACUUGGAUCCAAGUUCCGCUACUCCGGUCGCACCCACUUCCAGACCAAGCAGGCUAUGAUGGGCGUGGACCGCCCCUCCCCGUUCUUUGAUCGGGUUCACAGUCGCGCUACAUAUCACGGCAGAACCAAGAACAAGGACCUUCAUGAUGAAAUGUUUAAGCCUCGCCCAGAGCCAAGACACAUCCCAGAGUACAACCGUGAGGAGAAGAUGAUGAAGAAGGUUCCGGAACCGGAGAUCCAUAACAGAGAGCCGGAGGAUGUGUUUGAUGAUGACGAAGACGAGGAGGAGGGGCCUGACAACAGGAAGAGUCGCAUGGAGAGGAUGCACGCAGUGCCCACUCCACUUGCAGCAGUGAUGAAGAAGGAUGCCCCAGUGAACAACAACUUAGAGCACCACCACCGCCGGCGGCGAUCAUUUGAGGAGGCGGACGAUAGAGAGGGAGUGGAGGAUGACAUGGAAAGGUCAGUUGAUGCUCCUCCCACCCAGCAAGAACCUCCCAGUGUGCACGACCUUCCCUCCCCACCUCUCGACCCCCCGGAACUCCUCAGUAAGGAGGAGAGAAAGAAGCGCGAGAAAGAGGAGAAGGAGCGCAAAAAGAAAGAGAAAGAAGAACAGAAACGGAAGAAGAAAGAGGAAGAGAAGGAGAAGAAGCGGCUGGCCAAGGAAAAGAAGAAGAAGCCGGCGGUGGAGGAGAAAUGGCAGGAAGCCGUGGCCGUGUCUGCUACCUCGGAAACCAUCGUGACGAUGGACAGGGCACCACGAAGGAUGAGCAGCUUUGAGGAACAGAAAGAUGACAAGCCUGAGCCUCGUGAGGCUGAGGAACAGGAAGUUAAGAGGGCUGAUCGUGCUGAGGAUUCUGGGAGUAAUCGAGCUGACCAGGGCUCGGAGGAGGGGUCUGAUAGAGAAGGCGACCCCAAGGACGAGCAGGUUACAUAUCACACGUCCUACCAGAACAAGGCGUUUACAGCCAAAGAAGAAGACCUGAAUCGCAGCACAGAUCGAGUGGGAGAGGAGUUUGAUUUAUAGAUUUGAACCUGCAGCAAUUGACAAGCCAGACAAGUGGAUGAAGAGAACUGUGAUGCAGCAAUAGAACUACAGACUUAGGGGACUAUAGUAGAAAGUGUUCAAACUCAUCUGCUUAUCACUGUUCAAUUAUUUUUUUUAUAGUUGGGAAGCAUAGCUUCAAUGUAACAAGAAAUCUGAUUGGCUGACAGAUUUGGCAUUAGCAUGUUAUUCAUAGAAACCAUUUUUGUCUGUUUAUUCAUUGUCAGCUAAUCUUGUUACUUUAAACAUUUUAUAUCAUUACGAGGACAUGUAAUUCAUAUUCAUAUCUGUCCAAAUAAUUGUGUAUACACCAAAUUUAUGUAUGCAUGUAUAUAGACAUUCCAUGAAGUUGAUGUGAUGUAACCAUAAUUCCAUUGUUAUAUAUUGAUGGUUGUCCCUGUCAUUUUAGAAAGAUGGUGUAUUUAUCACUAGUGAUUUUUACUGAUUAUUUAUUUGUUGGAUGGUUGUGCCAUUACUAUGCCUUGUUCAAAUUUUAUCUCUGGUGAAUGAAUUUCAAAUUUUAGAAAUCAUUUUAUAUACUCCUCUUUUUAUACCCAUUUUUACUAAUCAAAUGUUUUACCAAGUUAUUUUUGAGACAUUCCCUUUCAUAUAUUUGUAGAAUUGUAGAUGACUAUAAGAAACAUGAUAUGUUGAAUCAACAAAUAUUUUAAUUGAUUUAGGUCAUAUUUUAUCAUGACCAUUUUAUAUUGCUUCAUCAUGACGUGCUAAGAAAAUUUGUCUAAAACUUUCUUUCUCUUUUGAAUCUGGGAAUGAACAGAAUAAUUCAUGGCCUUGUAAAAAGACUAACGGAUGCAAAACGGACACAAAUAUAUUUGAUGAAUCUGGAUGGAUGUAUCUCUUAUACUCCCAGAGUGUAACACGGAGCUAGACAUUAUAGCAAUUGGAUAUCAUUCAGCUAAUGCUAUCUUAUGAUGAUGAGAUUUUACACGGGAUGAAUUUAAUAAUUAAACUUGUAAACAAAUA